GGAAAACAAAAAUUAUUUCAGAUUUUGCGCUCAAAAGAGUUCUAGGCGUUAAAAAAUAAAAGUUCUAUAUAUUUUUGUUAAUCAUUUAAAAGUUCAAGUGUAUUUAAAUAUAUAUUUAAAAAAAAAUGUUGCGCAUAACAGCUCGUAUGGCCUUGCGUUGUAAUCGGCUACGUCAGCCGGCAAUUCGCUUUCGACGGAAUUAUUCGCAAAUGAUAAACCAAAUGCUGCAAAUACAGCAAAUGGAGAUAUGCGCAGAUCCACCCUCGCGUGGUCUCAUCAUAGGCGUCUAUGCGGAUGAGGAGGACAAGAACGAUGCAGGAAUACUCACCCAGGCCGGUUGGCGCUAUAAUGUGCAAAAAACGCAUGGACGACUGCUGGAGAUAUUGCGCAUGUCGGGUCCAAUGCCCAAACGUGGCGAGACGCGUUUGCUGUUUGCGGUGGAGCCAGAGCGCGUGCCUUACUAUUCGGCGGUGGCCAUUGUGGGUCUGGGAAAGGAAUGCUUGGGCUACAAUCCUUACGAAGUGCUAGACGAACAAAAAGAGGCUAUACGUCGCUCUGUGGCGAAUGCUUGUCGCAUUCUUGCCGAGCUAGAUACCGAUCGCAUUGAAGUGGAGAACUGUGGUCACGCCGAAUCCGCUGCCGAGGGCGCAGCUUUGGGUAUAUGGGUAUAUCAGGAGCUUCGAGAUCCCAAAAAGCGCAUGGCAGUGCCAGCAAUAGAUUUAUACACAACUAAAGAUGAAAUUUGUGACAUUGAGGGAUGGCGCAUUGGAUUGCAAAAGGCAGCAGCGCAGAAUCUAACUCGCCAGCUGCAGGAGAUGCCCUCCAAUCUGCUGACACCCACAGCCUUUGCGCAGAAUGUGGUCGAGGUGCUCUGUAAGUCUGGCGUAAAUGUAGAGGUUAAAGUCGAGGGCUGGGCGGAGAGCCAGUCCAUGCACGCCUUUCUAGCAGUAGGCAAAGCCUCCUGUGAACCUCCCAUAUUCCUGGAGCUCAGCUACUACGGCACCUGCGCUGAGGAACGUCCCAUUGUCCUGGUGGGCCAAGGUGUCACCUAUGAUGCGGGUGGCUUAUGUCUGAAGAAGCGUGGCGAGCUUUAUCAUAUGCGUGGGGAUAUGACUGGCGCUGCUGUUGUGGUGGCCACUUGUCGUGCCGUUGCUGGUCUGAGAUUACCCGUUAAUAUACGUGGUCUCAUUCCCCUCUGUGAGAACGUCAUUGGCUGCAACUCCUUCCGUCCUGGAGACAUGGUCAAAUCCAUGAAUGGCAAGACCAUCGAAGUGCAAUGCACGGACCAUGAAGAUGUUUUGGUUCUGGCUGAUGCUUUGUUGUAUGGCCAAAACUUCUGUCCCAAGUGCAUCAUUGAUAUUGGCACCUGCUCUGGUUAUAUGCGGCAGGCGCUGGAUGAAGCUGCCUGCGGCAUUUUCACCAAUUCUGAAAUACUUUGGCAGCAGAUCAAGCAUGCCAGCAUGCACACGGGAGAUCGUGUAUGGCGCUUCCCCCUGUGGAACUAUUACAGCAAGGCUGUGCGCGCUGGUGGUCGCAGUGAUGUGCAAAACUAUGGCAUUGGACGUGGUGGUCGUCCCUGCAAGGCCGCCGCCUUCCUGCGUGAAUUUGUGCCCUGCGGUCAAUGGAUGCACAUUGAUGCCACCAAUGUUAUGGUCACUGAAGGCGUCGAAUAUGAGUAUCUGCGUCGCGGCAUGGCUGGUCGUCCUACUCGCACUCUCAUUGAGUUUAUUGCGCAGACUAUUUGCAAGGACACCGCGCCCAAGAUGAAUAAGUAGUGCUAGUGCUAACGGGCAAUUUUAAUAUUUGUGUUAAUACUUGACUUGGUAAUUUUUAAAUGUGUUUUUCAUUUAAUUUUUAAAACUGUAUU